AUGUUUAAUACCUCAAACAAUACCAACAACAACAACAGCAAUGGUGGCAUCACUUCUUUUUUAAAACUGAAAUGGAGAACUUCAACAAAAUAUAACAUAAAGCCUAGAUUACCCAACACGGUAGACGACAUAGAACGAGACUGGGUUAGACAUAACGCUCUUAAGCUGGCUUUUGAGAACGAUUUUAAAGCACCUAUUGAGAGAUUAUUACAAGCAGGUGGUAGUGAAGUAUUGGAUAUUGGCUGUGGUGCUGGCUUUUGGACAACAGAUAUGGCAGCUCGUUUUCCGCUUUCUUAUUUUAUUGGUCUUGAUAUUGAUAAAAAUGUACUGCCGACAAGUCCUUGUGGAAGAAAUGUAUUAUACCAACACAUGGACUUGAUUGAACUUCCUUUACCAUUUGAAGAUGCAACAUUUGAUUAUGUCUUUGUACGCUCAAUGCUGAGCACCAUGCCUGAUCAUCUAUGGGAUGAUGUAUUAAAAGAGCUUAUAAGAAUCAUGAAAAAGGGUGCUUAUAUUGAAUGUGUAGAAGCAUAUGAUAACUUAUUUGAUACCGGACCUUCCAUGAAUAUCCUUAUAGAACUGGUACUUAGAUCAACACAACAACCUCCAUAUUCCCCAACCAAAGAGAAUAGCAGAAACCCAUGGCCGAAUCGACUUGCCAACAUCAGUCAGUUGAUGGGGAUGCGAAUCCAUCAUACACAUACACCCGUCGGCUUUCACGGCGGAGAAAUAGGUGCACUCUUAUUAGAGUACUGGGAGCGAAUGAUUAGUAGUUAUAGAGAUGAAUGGAUAGCUAACAAGUGGAUAGAUGAAGAAGAACUAGAAAAGACAAUAGAACUCAUGAAAGAAGAAGUGGAAGAGCACAACACGUAUAUGUCAUGGUAUUCUGUCGUCGCUCGGAAAAAAGGCUAUGCAGGGCCAGUACUUCAAUUUGAUGAUGUGGAUGAUGACGGCACUGUUUAUACAACGACAUGUUGUUAA